AUGACGUUCAUGAUUCCAACCUUCUUGGACGAAAGAAUCUUCGUGACGCCCACAUGCAGCCUGCGGUUUCGUAGGGUGAGGAAAGCCGACGAAGGCGUCUACAGCUGCUACAAACGCGACCUCCGCUUCCCCAGUCAGUGGCAGUCCCACGCGUUUGUGUCCUUCCGCCUCAAAAUCGAAGAGCCCUCGAUGAAGUUUCCCGUGGCCUCGGAAAUCCUCCUCGGUUUACUCAUUCUCACCACAUGGGCUUGUUUGCUCAUUUUACUCUGGCUAGUAUUGUCAAUUUGGAGCUUGGAGGUCAACAAAACGGCGAUUAUUCAAGCUGGGGAAAGAAAAAGGCGAAAGGAGAAACUGGCUGCGUUUUUGGCGGAAUCCCAAGCAAACGACAGCCAUUCCUUUUCUAGACAUUCCAGAAUACAUAAUCCAAAAUACCUGCUACUUAUUAAUAUUAGGUAG